AUGGCGAGAGCAUUCACACAAAGAGAAGAGGGUCGCCCUGAACCUUGCCUCUCGAUCGUCCUUUACGAUAUCCCACGGAUACAUUCAUAA